AUGAAGACCUCGAGCGAGCUUUCGGACGCUCACAUCGUCCUUUUCGCUGUCCAAGUAACUUCCGAAGGCGAUCUGGUUUCACUGCUCAAAGUCGUCCGAUGGAGGCCCGACAUCCUUUCUAAUACUUUGAUAUAUCGACUACUACUUUCUUUUUAUCCUGCAGAAAGUACCGGAAAAUUGACUCUUGUGAACUUUCUGCAGUCGCUUGGAGAUCGACCAGAUGAUGCAAGGGGUCCGGAAACGCCGAGUCCUGAGCCCUCCAUAUCGAACCUCAGCCGGAAUGAGGCAUUACGGCGAAUCCGUGCCCUCAGCUUGCGACCGAUUCCCGAACAUAGGGCUUUACAUACCCACAGCGAGCUGGCAAAUGUGGUGGUCGAAUGGGCCAAAAUAUUGGAACAGCUUCAUGGAUCCGCUCAGCCAGCGGGGGAAUUUGUGCAAAAUUUCAUCGGACAGGAUUCCGAUCUGCGACGGUGGUAUGAAUCAUAUCUUGUCCCGGUCAUUCGGCUGCAAUAUGAAUUCUAUCCGGACAUUGAAGAUGUGAUCGGACUGCAGGGUAUUGAGACACUAUCGGACGCUGAGGGUAUACAAACGCUUCUCCAAUACGCGGUGAGAAGGCAAAAUCCUUCUGAUGUAGCCAGAGACCUCGACCAGGUGGUAUCGCCAUGGGUCCGUGGCGCAAGCGAAGCAAAGAGAAGGAGAGUCGAUUAUUCUGUUGAAGACACCACAGCCGAAGUGGAAGCAUGGGAAUCUGUGUAUGACUGGCUAGUCUCGACGAGCAGGACAGAAUUUAAUGUUGCAGCAAAAGCCUACGUGGAUUGGAGUGGGCCAAUUGAAAACCAUCAACCGACGGACAUGGAUGAGGAGGUCGCACGGUUUGCUCAGACUGGUAUGGCUAUUGUCUACGGAUGCUCAGCCGCUUCAACAGACGCGAGGAAUAUCUGCAGACAGGUGCUCAUCAAAGCUGCAAAGCUUCUCAAUCUAGGACCUCUCGACCUCUUCCAGUCUGGGCCGGACAUCUCAGUGCCUGAAAAUUUUGUAAACGGCCUCAGCGAGACAGACUUGCUGCCCAAUGCCCUGCUCAAAAAUUCCAACAAUUUCACCCUGGUGACUGGGCCGUCAGUUCAACUGCUGACUGGGCUGCUGGCUACGGCAGAGAUCUUGUCUGGCUUUAGCAUGUCACGGAACAUAACUGAACUGUCCCAUGUCACCAUCUUCGGCUCGGAACGCCGCCACAAAGAUGAACUUCGUCGGCUGCUGCAACACAUUCCUCUACAGACUCGGUACGAGAUUGAUUGGCGUUCCGUGCGACGGCAACUCCUGUGGCUCCAUUCUUGGACCGAAAUUCAGCCAGUGGAGGCGGGACAGCAGCGAAUAGCUUUUCUCUCCCGACUCCCCAUCGGUUUCGUGGAGACACAAAUUCUCGACGCAUUACUGAAGGCUGCUCAAUAUAACAUCAUCAAAGAUGUGUACCUGGACAACCCUUCUCCAGCACUCUCUGAGUCGGAAGUUGAAGCCCGUGUUGUUGCUGCAAUCCUAGAGGCCUAUGACAAUGCCAGCAAUGGAAACAGAGAUCGCGGCGGCAUGAAACGGGCAAGCGAGAUACUGAAAGCUUUUCGGGCCAACUUUCCCCAUUCCCCUAGCCUAUCUGACAUUGAUCAAUUGAUCAAAGCCACUCACAGCCUAUCAUUCUACCAGCUCACAUUACAGCAUGGUGUUCCGUUCAAGCCUGUCUCUAUCCGAGUGCAGAAAGAUCCGCUGACCCUGUUAGACAAGGUCUUGGAACAGGACGCAAGAGCAUACACCAAGUUAGACGACCUUCUAGAGAUAGCCCGCAAUCUGGUCCGUGCCCACCUGCCGAACCGGGGGAAUGUGAUAACAGAAGACUCGGAGCCUCUUCAAUUACGUCUGUUGGACGCUGAGCACAGGAUAACAUAUCAAGCCAUCAUGGCAGCCUUAGCGGCAAAUGAUUUCGACACAGCCUAUGCCUAUAUCACGACACGCCUCAACACAUCGCUCGCGCAAUUUGCGCCUUCUGGUUUCGUCGACGACAUCUCCUGGCGCGCUGCCUAUUCAGCUGGCAAGUAUCGACCCAGUGCGUCACCAAAGAGUUUGAGUGCUCGCAUCGACAGCUUGACACAGCGGAUGGAACUUCUCUCACGGGCCUUGAUGCUGGCACCCUCUGGGGAAGCUCUACCGGGAAUCCUUGCUACAUGGCGCCGGUAUGAAGAAGAAUUAGAUGGGCUGAAAACGCAAGCCGUACAGGAAGAGCGAGCAUUUGAUGCCAAAGCAGACGCAUCACUGCCUGGAGCCUUUGGUCUCGACAACCGGGAUGCAGACGUAGCUGAAACGAAGCGUGUCAUGGCGCGGCGGUCUGGACCUGUCGGAUCUGGACCUUCCUAUGAGGAAGAGGCGCCGCUGGGCUUGUUUGAUGUUGCCAGAGGCGCCGCAGCAGCUCUACGGAAAAGUGCUGCUUUCCCACUGGGUUCCACAGGAUUACGAGAUCUCAAGAUACGCUCGGACACCUCUAUGCAUCACGAUGCGCAAAGGGAGCAAGCGGGCUCUCCAGUUUCAGACGACGGUGGAAGGGUGCGAAAAAGAGACAUGGUUGCCAACAUGGUGACCAGCGGCCUGGUGAGUGGUAUGGGUUGGGUUCUUGGUGCUCAACCCCGAGACCGCACGGACUUCAAGGGUGGAAGCCAACAUUGA